CCUUGGAUGGCAGAGCAGAACCACACCUCUGUGACUGAAUUCAUUCUCCAGGGCUUGAGCGACCAGGUGGAGAUGGAGGUGGCUCUCUUUGUGCUGCUGCUGCUCGCCUACACCAUCACCCUCCUGGGCAACGCGGGGAUCCUGGCGGUGAUCCGCGGCGAGCCACGGCUCCAUACCUCCAUGUACUUCUUCCUGGGCAGCCUCUCCCUUGUCGACAUCUGCUUCUCCUCUGUGAUUGCCCCCAGGGCUUUGGUGAACUUCUUGUCAGAGAGCAAGACCAUUUCCUUUGCUGGCUGCAUGGGCCAAGCCUUCUUCUACAUCGUCUUUGUGACGACGGAGUGCUUCCUGCUGGCUGCCAUGGCCCUGGACCGCUACGUGGCCAUCUGCAACCCCCUGCUCUACCCUUCCAUCAUGACUCGCAGGCUGUGCCUGUGGCUGGUGCUGGGAUGCUACCUUGGGGGGGUCCUGAACUCUAUCCUACAGAUGACCUUCAUCAUCAGGCUGCCCUUCUGCAGCUCCAACGUCAUCAACCACUUCUUCUGCGACGUCCCUCCUCUGCUGGCUCUGUCCUGUGCCAGCACCUACCUCAACGAGCUGAUCCUCUUCUCCCUGGCUGGAGUCAUUGAGCUUGGCACCAUCUCCACCAUCCUGGUCUCCUACCUCUUCAUCUCCUUUGCCAUCCUGCGGAUCCGCUCAGCUGAAGGAAGGCAAAAAGCCUUCUCCACCUGUGCGUCCCACCUGACAGCAGUGACCCUGCUGUAUGGGACAACCAUCUUCAUGUACCUGCGCCCCAGCUCCAGCCACUCCCUCAACACCGACAAAGUCAUCUCCAUCUUCUACACGGUGGUGAUCCCCAUGUUGAACCCCCUCAUCUACAGCCUGAGGAACAAGGAGGUGAAGGAUGCCCUGAGGAGAACAGCAGAAAAAAUCACAGUCAGGCUUUGA